CGGCUUAAAAGUGCGGUAGGCGCGCUUCGUCCCUUUGCGCAGGCGCGGUGUGCGGUCCACGCGCGGGGCUAUGCCGGCAGGGCACGUCUCGCGGGUCCGGGCCUUGUACCGGCGCAUCUUGCUGUUGCACCGGGCUCUGCCCCCAGACCUCAAAGCCCUUGGCGACCAAUAUGUGAAGGACGAAUUUAGGAGACAUAAGACCGUUGGUUCUGACGAUGCCCAGCGUUUCUUGCAGGAAUGGGAGGUGUAUGCAGCAGUGCUAUGGCAACAGACUAAUGAAAACAGACAAAAUUCAACAGAAAAAGUAUGUUUUGGAGCUGCCCUCCCAGAAGAAAAACUUAAUGACUUUCGUGAUGAACAAAUCGGACAGUUGCAGGAGCUGAUGCAAGAAGCAACUAAACCCAAUAGACAAUUCAGUAUGACUGAAUCCAGGAAACCAAAAUGUUAGACUAUACAAUAAAGCUUAACAAGUAUUUUAAGUUGCACUACUGGUUAAUUACCCCAAAGAUACAGAUGUAGUGAAAAGAAGGGCCAUCUGUACCCCAAUGUUCAUAGCAGCAGUGGCCACAGUCAUCAAACUGUGGAAAGAACCAAGAUGUCCUUCAACGGACGAAUAGAUAAAGAAGAUAUGGUCCAUUUAUUAUGCCUCCAUCAGAAAGGAUGAAUACCCAACUUUUAUAUCAACAUGGACGGGACUGGAAGAGAUUAUGCAGAGUGAAAUAAGUCAAGGAGAGAAAGUCAGUCAUAUGGUUUCACUUACUUGUGGAGCAUAAGGAAUAAUAUGGAGAGUAUUGGGAGGUGGAGAGAAGUGAGUUGGGGAAAUCAGAGGGGGAGACAAACCAUGAGAGACUGUGGACUCUGAGAAACAAACUGAGGGUUUUGGAAAGGAAGGGAAUGGGGGGUUGGUUGAGUCUGGUGGGGGUAUUAAGGAGGGCACGUAGUGCAUGGAACACUGGGUGUGGUGCAUAAACAAUGAAUCUUGGAACACUGAAAAAAAAUUAAAGAAAAAAUAAGUAUUUUAA